AUGAGCAGCCAACCAUGGGACACUGAAAGCAAUGUGGCCGAGUCGACGAGCAUUCCGGAGAAGAAAAUUGAGACAGAUGAACGACGAGUCGGGCUCUCACGAGAAGAACUCGAGAAAUACCGAAAUGAUCCAUUUUGGCGUCAAGUGCGUUACUUCUUCUUUGGUCUCUAUUGGGUGGCUUGGUUAGCGAUGAUUGGUGGGGCAGUUGCCAUCGUAGCUACGUCCGGAAAAAUUGGAUCCUCAACGACAGCCGCUCCACAGACAGUGCCCACCACUACCGCCACAAAUGCUUCG